AUGGCCACGACACAAGAGCUUUUUCGUGUUCAAAGCGCCUCUGAGUGGGCUCAAAAACAGGGAAUCACGACAUGGACAAAGUUUCAUUAUGAUUCUAAACCGGAGCAGUCAAUCUUCAUGCCACUUAACGCAUGGGGCCCAGAUUCGAUCAACCAAACUUAUUUCGGUCCUAUCAUUGAGUCCGAUCAACAGUAUUUCCUCGCCGUUGGUUGGAAGACGGAGAAGGAAUGGGACAAAUUUAAAUUGUCCCCCGAGCAUCAGCAGUUAAUGGCCAAUCUGACAACCAACAACGUGCAACCGGAGACCAAGAUUAUUGUAUUUACCGGCAACAUGUUCGCUCUUGGAUAUACAUCUAACGUCGAGUUGUUCACUGUAUACUGGCCGGCGUCUAUCACUCACGAGACUCAAACAGCCAUCUGGAAAACCCAGAAACUUGUUCACACGGCAGCAACCGGAAUUCCCAACCCACUCUGUUACAAGAAACCACCAAUGUUUGGAUGGAUAGAUGGCCAAACAGACUGGCAUGGAGAAAGUGCUAUCGCAAGUGUUUGGAGCCACAAGUGGCAGAGCCAGGAACUGGAACAAAAGUACAAAACGACUGAGAAGAGGCUUGUUUGGGGAGACGAUGGACGUUCUUAUCCGCUUGCUGUAGAUGCGUUUCAGCGUGACUUGAAGUCUCUUGGUGCUAUUGGAUGGGAGUCGUUGCAUGUGGCUUUCGAGCGUGUUCGAGUGGUGGAGGAUGCUAUCGGGCGUGAUGUCAGGCUCAGAUUUGAAGCCGCGAAUGGGCAGAGGGCCACUUAG